AUGUUACGGCGGUUUCUUUCAAUCGGAAACAAUUUGUUGCCGAAAAGGUUUACGACCACAUCAAUUGCUCAAUCAAGUAAAGACCCAAUUGCGGCUAGCAAUGUAGAAGCAACAGAAACUAUCGAGGAAACUCUGCCUAAAUCCGAAGCAGAUCUGCAGGAAAAACAACAAAUGAAGAAAGAGCCUUUGGUGAAAGAAGCAUAUUCACUGACGACUUUUCAGAAAUUAAAGCUCGAUCAGUAUCCAUACUACGUGGAAAGAGAAUGGUGGAAAACUGGAAAAAGAACUUGUUUUUGGGCAACUUGGAGACAAUUGAGAGAUUGGAAACGAAGACUGCUAAUUCAAGAGACAGGUGCUGAUCGAAUGCGGUUUAAAGCCAUUAAAGCCAACACAAUUCUUCCUCAAGCAAUUCGUGAUGAAGCCGCCGAGACUCUUCACAAAAUGCCCAUGUAUUCUCAUCCAAAGUUGGUCCUCAGUAUGUGCAUGUUUACUGGACGCCAGCGAGGAAAAAUAAAGCCUUAUCGUAUAAGUCGACAUUUAUUCCGUAGAUACGCUGACCACUCACAAUUAAGUGGAGUACAACGUGCAAUGUGG